CGUCACCCGCGUCUCGCUCUACCUUCCAUCCUUCCCGCCUCUCCACCUUCUCACCCAACCCCAAGUAAAACUCACACAAUACUCCAAUAGAACUUACACAGGCGAAUCAAAAACAAACAAUGAGCGCACUCUCGUCCUUCUUCUCGUCUUUCGUCGGGACCGCAUACGCCGAGGAGAAGCCAGAAGAGAAUAAGAAGGAGGAGGCGGAAGAGGAUAGUGGUAAGGAGGAAGGAGGCGAGGAGGAGGCGAAGGAAGAAGAGGAGGAGGAGGAGCCUGAGGAUCUCAUGCCCGCGAUCCGCUCAGAGUGCGAAGAGUCCGCGGCGUGCAAGCCCGCGAAGCAUCACUUCCUGCAUUGUCAGGAGAAGAUCGAGGCGGGCGAGGGCCAUAAGGGCGAGACUUGUGUCGAGGAGAUGUUCCUCCUCAUGCACUGCGCCGACAACUGCCUCGCUCCAAAACUCUUCUCCAAGCUCGCAUGAUCACGAUCCAUACACCAUUCUCACCACUCCUUCGGGCGAGAGACCUGGUAGAUGUAGGCCCGCGCUACACUGCGUGUUCAUGUUGAUGUUAUCCUGGUGGUCUUCGUGUGCUUAGAGUUUGCGCGUUCGCAAUGCAAUGCAAUCGUCGAUUCAUCUU